AUGGUCUCCGGGCCCCCAACUCCCGCGUCCUCCCGCACCCAAUGGAUCAUGUACGCCGUCGCGAGCGGCGCCUGCGCAGCCUUCAACGGCGUCUUUGCAAAGCUAACAACCACGGAGCUCACAUCCACCCUGGCCCACAAGAUGGCCGCCAUCCUGUCCCUCUCGUCGCACGACAACGUCGUGGAGGUUGCCGUCCGCGCCAUCUUCUUCGGCCUAAACCUCACCUUUAACGGCGUCGUAAGCCCCGACCCUCCCCCCUUCCCCACCGCCAGACAGCGCGAUGAUGAUGAUGAUGAUGAUGAUGAUGAUGAUGAUGAUGACGAACAUGAAAAGAUGUGGACGCUCUUCACCAAGGCCCUGGCGAGGGGCACUUCCACCACCCAAGUCAGCAUCGUCAACACGUCCACCAACUUCAUGCUGACGGCCCUGCUGGGGCUGUUUAUUUUCGCAGAGGCCCUCCCCCCGCUGUGGUGGGCGGGCGCGUCGCUGCUGGUGGCUGGGAAUGUCAUUGUCGGCCGCGAGGACGAGGGCCAGGGCCGGGACGAGACGCCGGCCGAGGCUGCGAGUCGGGAGCCGAACAGGCAGACGGAGACGACUCCGUUGAUCAAGGCCGAGGGCGCCAACGAGGACGACGAUGAGGAUGAGCAUGUGGAUGUCGAUGUCGAUGUCGCUGAUCUGGGAGACUUGUCCAGAUAG